AUGGUUGUGUUUGUUGACCUGGAGCACGACGCGUUUAAUAAACGUAGCUUCUCUAGGGGUCCCGAUUCUUCUUUUUACCCUUAUGUAGAGCCUGGGAAGCCCUCGUUAUCAAAGCUGGGGGGAGCUGGCUCCGACCCUGCCUCUGGCCCUGCGGAGGUGGAGACUGAUGAUCCUUCUGCCGAUCCGGCUCGCGACUCUUAUCAAUCUCAAUCAGCACCAGAGAAGCCAACUCUGAAUCGGAAUUCUUUCUCUGCUGCUUUGAGUUGCUACCCAGUUAUCAAAGAAAUCGCUCGACUGGUGGAUUUGAACACGCUGGACUCCUUGUCGCAAACAUGCCGCCAAUUUCACGCCAAUCUGCUUCCCUACCGUCAGCAACUAGUCAAGCAGACCCUACGCUGCGAGAAUGAAUAUGUUGAGACGUUAGUGGACCUGUUGAAGAGCGGUACCGUGAUACCCGACAGUGUCAAAUCUGUGAUCCGGCUCCUGAGCCAGGGAGCCAUGAGCUCUGGACGCCUCACCACCGGCAAAAUAUCGAAAUGUGCUCGGGAUAUGGUCGCGGAAUGCCGAAGGUGCUCCACGGUUGUGUGUCGAAACUGCACAGCCAAGCCUGCGACACUCAGCAUGCUCAAAAACCGUAUCCGCCGCCUUUGCACUACUUGCCGUACGGCGCCGUUGAGCGAUCAUCUCGUCUCCCCAUCCGCCCCGCGCCGUCACAGUCCUCGAGCGUCGCCAUCGUUAGACGAGUCUAGUUUUACGACACCCGCGUUUUUACGUACACCCUGCACGUGCGCGGACGCUUUUUGGAUUUGCCACCACUGUGGUAUGAGGCUACGCAGCAGCGACACCACCUAUCGCCGAGUCUGGAACUGGCGCACCCGCUACAGCACCUACCUCGGUGGACUAGGAACGGGGAUCGGGGAAGGAUGCCAGGGCGUGAAAUGCGGCCGUGGAGAAGAUUGCUUAGCCGCUCAAGAGAUCGAAAUGGAAGUGGAAUGUGAAGCGGAUGAAUCCUCGGGUAGUCCCCAUGGUCACUCCCCUGGUCUUGGAAAUGGGCCCUGGGGGUCGCAUAAUCACUCCAACGACCGAUUAGAGAGUCGCGAGGAAGAGGAGCCUGGGUAUUUUCGGCAAGAAAUCAUUGGAAUAGGCGGUAGGGUCAAACAAAAGUCAAAGAAACGGGUCAUCGUGGGGGCCUGCGUGGUUGAGCACGAAGACGAGCGAGAUUCGGGGCGAUACUUGGUUCGAGAAGAGGAGGGACAAGACCGAAGCUGGUGUGGAUGGUGCUGGAGGGUGAUUCCAUCCAAGAGCGAAUUGUGAGUUCAUAUAGUCUUGCGUCAAACCUGUAGAUUUCAUUUCUAGUUUAGCGCUGCUUCUCAUUAGAUGUCAAAUUGGAAUUAUCUUAUAG